UCUCCGAUUUUCCCCAGGGCAGAGGAUGGUGCUGGUGGCCUGUGGCCCCUUCACGCCCUCGGACGGCGUCGCCUUCGAGCCCCUCAGUGACCUCCUGGACGUGGUGGCCCGCGACCGCCCCGACCUCUGUAUCCUGCUUGGGCCGUUCCUGGACGCCAAACACGAGCAGGUGGAGAGCUGCCAACUCCUGAGCUCCUUCUCCGAUGUUUUCCAGCUCUGCCUCAGGACCAUCAUCGAGGGCACCAGGAGUUCUGGCUGCCAGCUGGUGCUGGUGCCCUCGCUCCGCGACGUCUCCCACGCCUUCGUGUAUCCUCAGCCUCCCUUCCCCUGCCCGGACCUGCCCAAGGAGGACAAAGCGGUACCAAAAUUCCGCUUUUUCCCCCCAAAAACAUAAAAGGGGGAAUUCCCAGGAGAUUCCUGGCAAAGCCCAGCUGGGAUUUGGGGUGAAAUUCCCACUUUUUUCCCCCCUCUCUGGCAGCGAUUUCCUGCCGCAGCUUUGGGGUGGGAGCUGAAUUUGGGAUUCCGGAGCUCCCCAAGCCCCUCCCGGCCUUUUUUGGGUUCAGAUCCCCUCAUUUAACGAUUUUCUCUCUCCCCCGGGAGCAGAUUUGAUGUUCCUGCGGGAAACCCAGCUCGGCCUGGGCGUUCUGGGGAAUGUUCUGGGGGGUUAAAGGGAAACUUGGUGGAAUUGGGGCGGUUUUGGGGUGAUUUAGAGCAAAUUUGGGGCGUUCCAGGGUGGGUUUGGGGAGAUUUGGGGCGG